AUGGGAAGAAGAUGGAUUCUUCUUGUAUCACUUGGCAUUUAUGUUGCCUCCAUGCAGUACUUGGCCAAAGCAGAUUUGCCAGCCAUAUUCAUAUUUGGUGAUUCAAUUGCAGAUGUUGGGACAAACAACUUCUUGAAAAGUCUUGCAAGAGCUAACUAUCCUUACCAUGGGAUCGAUUUUCCGAAUUCAAAACCAACAGGGAGAUUCAGCAAUGGCUAUCACACUAUUGAUUUUAUUGCGAAGCAGUUUGGUUAUAAUAGCAGUCCACCACCUUUUCUCUCUCUUCUCCAACACAAUCUCAGUUUCAAGAGUAACAUACUGCGGGGAGUGAACUUUGCAUCUGCGGGAGCAGGGAUUCUUGAUCCCACUGGAAUUCAAUUAUACGUAAGUUUUUCUCACUCUUUUUUAGUUUUUUUUAAGGUCGGGAUGAUAGUUGGUAGAAAGUACAUCUCCCAAAAUGAGUAUGCUCAUAUUCGAGUCCCCUUAUAUGUCAGGAUUUGUCAAAAAAUAAUGUUUCUUCAAUUCCUCUGGCCAUUCCUAUUAAAAGAGUUCAUUAAGAAAGUGCAAGAGGCCGGGAUUGAAGAAAAAUUAGUCACACAUCCAUGGGAUGUGGUCUCAUUGAGAGAUCAAAUCAAACAAUUCGAGACUGUUUGUGGGAAUAUCACAGAGGUUUUGGGUGCAUCUAAGGGAAAUUCUCUGCUUUCAAACUCCUUGUACCUCAUAACUAUCGGAAGCAAUGACAUCUUCGACUAUCAACAUAGCCUCCGAUCGCGAGCUAUCCCUCCGCAGACAUUCUUAGCCACUCUCCAUGACACAUGUCAACCAUUUGAAGUCACACAAUCUAUUUACUAUCAGCAUAAUGAUUUGGAGUUCGAAAGUCAGACAAUUCUGAUUUAUACCAUGGUGGAAGAUUUAUACAAUCUGGGAGCCAGAAAAUUUGGCAUAAUAAGUGUUCCACCAAUUGGAUGUUGCCCAUUUCAACGUUUUCUCAAGCGCAGUGAGGAUGGAGGAUGUUUUGAGGAAUUGAACAACUUGGCUCAAGCAUUCUACGAUGCAAUAAGGGAUGUCCUGACAAACUUCAGUACAGAGUUCGUGGAAGUGAAGUAUUCAUUUGGAAAUGCUUAUGCAAUGACCACGAGUAUCAUUCAUAACCCACUCACAUUUGGUUUUAAGGAAAUCAAAACAGCCUGCUGUGGAAACGGAACGUUCAACGGAGAAGAAGAGUGCAACCCAAAUAGUAAACUUUGUCCGAACCGAGACGACUACCUGUUCUGGGACUGGUUCCAUCCGACUGAGGCCGCCUCCGAAUUGGCAGCUCUAACCCUCUACGGUGGUGGAAAUGAGUUUGUGACACCCAUGAAUUUGAGUCAGUUGGCUACAAUUCCUAUUGGCAUUUAA